CAACAAGACCAAGCCUCCUGUCACAGGAACCAGCACUACUGAGUGGACUGCAGCCUGACGAGAAACAUGUCUGUGGAAACUUCAGUCACAUUCUCUCUUCUUCUGCUUAUGAUCUCAUCGACAGUGGCCCAGGACUGCUCCCAGUCCUGUGCCUGCCCUGCAGACCCCCCACCCUGCCCGGUGGGGACCAGCCUGGUCCUGGAUGGCUGUGGCUGCUGUAAGGUGUGUGCUAGGCAGCUGGGGGAGCCCUGCUCCCUGCUGGAGCCCUGCGACCACCACAAGGAGCUCUAUUGUGACUACGCACUGCUGAGUGACACUGAGACUGGCAUUUGCAUAGCUCAGGAGGGUCAGACGUGUGAUCUGGGUGGAGUGAUCUACCGCAGUGGAGAGUCCUUUCAGCCCAGCUGUAAGCACCACUGCGUGUGUAUGAAUGGAGAGAUCGGCUGUGUGCCCACAUGUGCCAGUGAUGUCUGGCUGCCCUCCCCUGACUGCCCGUACCCACGACGCAUCCACAUCCCUGGAAAAUGCUGUGAGGAGUGGGUGUGUGACCAGACACCUCAGGACCACCACUACCAGUCAGUGAUGGCCGGAGCUUCUCAGAUUCACCCCUUGCCCUCUUCAAAUCCUGUCUCGGUCUUCAAACAAGUGUCCCCACAUGAGCCAGUAGCAGAGAGUCCCAGAGAUAACUGCAUAGUCCAGACUACAGAGUGGAGUGAGUGCUCAGCCACUUGCGGCAUGGCCGUCUCGUCCCGCAUCACCAACGACAACCAGCACUGCCAGCUGGAGAGGCAGACCAGAAUCUGCAUGGUCCGACCCUGCAACAUCCAGCAGGACAAAGAUAUCAAGAAGGGAAAGAAAUGUGUCCGGACACCAAAGGCCCAGCGGGGGAUGCGCUUCGAGCUGUCGGGCUGCUCUAGCACCAGGCUAUACAAACCAAAGUUCUGUGGCGUCUGCACUGAUAACCGCUGCUGUACGCCUCACACUACCAUCACUGCAGAGGUGGAGUUCCGCUGUCCGGAGGGAGACGUCUUCAGGAAGAAGAUGAUGUUCAUCAAGACGUGCUCCUGCCAUUAUGACUGUCCACGAGAUAACGACAUCUUCCUGGCGUCCAACACACGGAGGAUGAUUGGUGACUACGACGACAACAUGUGACGGGAGGAUCACGCACACACACACAAACCCGAAUCAGGACUUCCUGAGGACCUUCUACAUUGACUGCACCAUUCCCCACCACUCCCCCAACUCUACCCUCAACCCUGACCACUGCACGCCUGACCUUUCAUCUAACCUAGCCUUUAAGUACAAUGAAUGUUCUAGUUGUAUUUUUGGUUUAGAGGAAGUUGAAAAGAUGAGUAGCUAUCAAGCCAGACUUCAUGUUGCUAUGAGAUGAGAAACAAUUCUCACACAAACACAUGAAACCGUAAAACCUGAAAGAACUCAUCAGCAGCUGUCUGUUGCUUCUGCUCACAGCUAAAGCAGCCAAAUUUAGAGACUGAAAGAAGAGAUGAAGAGCAAGACAUCUUUCCUUUCCUUUUGUUUAAUAUUUGUUUAGUUGAUGUUAAAAUGCAGCUCUAAGUCCCCAUAAUUUCUGACCAGUCCGCCAGUAAAGGUACACAGAUGCAUUUUGGUGGACAGACGCACUGACGAAGAAAUGUAAGGACACAUAUCAGAUGUUAUAACACAUAUGUAGUUUGUUUUAUCUCCAAAUCAAAAGAUAAACCCACCCUUGUACCAAAUGUUUGGUGUUAGUACCCCAGACCCAAAGAGAGCCCCAAAAUCUAGUUCAUUAAUUAUACAGAGAAAUGUAUCACAAAGAGGCAACAAUAAAUAUGUGCAACAAAUAAUCAAAGCUCAAAGGUCCACUUUCUAGCCUUCUGUAAUGUGAUAGCAGGUGGUUGAACAGUAUAUGGGGCAAGAUCAUAACACCUGUCUCAGUUCAAAGAUGGUCUCUGGUGUUGAAUAUUGUGUAAAUGAAGUCCCACUCUUACAUGACCCAACUGAGCAAAUUUCAUUUGUUGAAGAAGGGCAUGAAAAGUGGCUGAAAGCUCUUAAAAGAUAAUAAGUGGACGUUUGAGCUUAGAUUAUGUUACACAUAUUAUUUCUAAAGAUCAAGAAUUAAUUUCCAUGCUCAGAGAUAAAUAUGUCAGACCAAAAUACAUUGUGGCCAUGUUGCAUGGGACUUUUGCAUAGUAUUCAACAUGUUGAGCAUGUGGACAGGGCUGCUUCUAUAGAUGCUUAACUAUUUUUAAAAUUCAUGAGACUGACUUCCCUAACUGUCUUUCCUGACUUUCUUCAGGUCUGUAUUCCAGAGAUAAUGGCCUUCAAACUGUUUUCAUUGUGACAUCCAAAAUGUUUCACUUCUUCAGUUGACAAAUGGUACUUCUGAUUUUGUUUUUUAAGUUUGUAGUUGGGAGUCAAGAAUUUAAUUUGAAUGUAUAUUUGACAUGUAAAUGGUUGUUAUGUGGUGGUCAGAACCUCUGUACCUAUAAAAAUGACAGAGGUGAAAGAAAGUGGACUUUACAAUGCUUUACAAUAUUGGCAUUAUGAGCAUUAUUUUUAUCUUGAGAUAUUAGGAUAAUAGAUAAUGAAAAAAACAUUACUGUGAGAUUAAAGUCUAAAAAAAUUAUAGGAUAACCCCAACAGAAGAUAAUUAAAGUAAGACUAAAACACACUGUGGCAAUAGCACAAGUAGAGAAGAGUCAUAAAGUCAGUAAACUGACUCAGUAAAGUCACCUACAUGGCAAUAUCUGUUUAAAGUUUGACAGCUGCAAGGAUACUGGUGGACAAAUUGAGGUACAAGUGGAAACAAAUCGCCAUGAAAUGUUUAACUAUGCGAUUAGAAAAUGUAAUACAUAUUUCUGAGUAAUGACAACACAAGAAUCCUGGGGAUGUGUUUUUUAAUAUGAUAUACUUUUAGUCUUUUAUUUGGACAUUGAUGUGCCUCCUCAGACUAUGGAGGUGAAUUUUUGACCACUGAUAAGUCAUUCAGUGUCCAUCAUAUUUCUCUAUCCUGACAGUAUGGUCUAAAGACCAGCAGAGGAAAGAAAAACAUGUAGCAUGACUAAGGAAUUGCUGUUUCUUCAAUUAUUUACUGUUUAUUUAAAAAGAAGAAUGGACAAAUUUGGCAUUUGGCAAAUAUACCUUGUGUAAAUACUGUAAGACUGUGUACAGUUUUGUACUAUAAUUUAUGCAACUUGUUUAACACAGUGUUGUAGUUGUAUAACUGUAUCGUGUUGUUUUGGUUUUUUUCACUGUAACCACCUGACUAAGAUACUAGUGAGUUCUUGUCUGUUGCACUAUUGCCU